GUGAAAUGUUUAAUGAAAUAUAGUAAUUUUAUUUAUUCAUACAUUCGGUCGUGCUUCAUUUACCAACAAUCCUAAAUCUUGCUAAUCGCCGUAAUCAAAAUGAUGCCCGGAAGGAUUGGUAACUUGCCCAUAGCGGCUGAGAACCCUCUAGGAUUGUCUUGGCACGAUUCAACUUGGAUACCUUCGCUGAAUCCAUCAAAUAUAAUGGACUAUUUUUCGGAAAGAUCUAACCCAUUUUUCGAUCGCACGUGUAACAAUGAAGUUGUUAAGAUGCAACGGCUCAGCAUGGACCAAUUGCAGUCUAUGACUGGGUUGGAGUACAUGCUUCUACAUGUUCAGGAUCCAAUCUUAUAUGUCAUCCGUAAACAACAUAGACACAGUCCAAAUCAUGUCAUACCUCUUGCUGAUUACUAUAUCAUUGCCGGCAUUGUUUAUCAGGCUCCUGACCUCGCCAGUGUACUUAAUUCUAGACUGUUAUCUGCUGUCCACCACCUACAAUGUUCCUUUGAAGAAACAAUGUCUUACUCACGAUACCAUCCCAGUAAAGGUUACUGGUGGGAUUUUAAGGCAAAUAAACCAGGCCUAAGCCCCUUCAAUGCUGGUUCAUCAGCACCCAAAGAAACAACAACUACUCCCAAAGAAGAGCCAUCAACAGUGUUCCAACGGCAGCGGGUCGACAUGCUAUUAGCAGAGCUAGUGCGGCAGUUUCCACUACCUGUAGCCCAAGUACCUCAUAAUCAGACUAAUGGAGUAAAAACUGAAAAUACAAGUGACAAAGACAAACCAUCAGAAACAAACAAUGUCAAUAACAUCACUAUAAAGCAGGAGCCUGUGGACCCUAGCGGGUCGGACAUGACCAACGGCGCCAUCCAAGGACACGUGGACAUCAAACAGGAAAUCAAGCAAGAGAACAUGAAGCCUCCUCCAGAGAAGAAGCCCAGAGUGUGAUUGCACUCUUAGACCACUGAACUAAUUAAUAAAGUGAAUCAG